AUGAUGAAAUUUACAAGAGAAAGAAAAAAGUAUAGAAUAGAAAAUCCAUAUGACGAAAAAGUUAAGUUGGAAAUUCUUAGUGAAAAAAAUGAUAAAAUACAAGAAAAUAUAAAAAAAAUAAAAAUUAAAAAUAAAGAAGAUAAUCAUAACAAAAAUAAUGAAACACAAAUUAAUAAAGCAGAACAAUUUAUGAAAAUAUACAAACGAUAUAUAGAACAAAAUAAUGAUUUUGAAAAAGUUCAAAAAGAAAAUGAAUAUAUUAAAGAAACAAAAGAUAAGACAGUUAGGAGAAAAAAAAUUAAAAAACUUAAUAUAAAACUCAGAAAAAAUAACUUAAUCGAAAAAUUAAUAAAAAAUAAAGCCUUUAUGGUAGCUAAAGACCGAAUAUCAAUUGGGUCCAAAGAAAAAGAAAAAGCAAAAAAAACAAAAAAAACAAAAAAAGCAAAAAAAACAAAAAAAACAAAAAAAAACAAUACAAACGAUACAGACGAUUAUAAUAAAACACCAUCAAUAAUAUUUAAUGAAAAUAGUAAAAAAAUACAAAAACUUAUUACAAAAUCAAAUAAUGACAUAAAAACAAAUAAUCUAACACAGCAAAAUAAUACCCAAACAACCAAUAAUAAUAAAAAUAAAAAAAAUCGAAUUGAGAUCAUAAAUAAAUAUGACGAAAUAGUGAACUCAAAUAAAUUUUUGCAAAACCCUCUUGAAUUUGCAAAGAAUGCUUUAGACCAAAAAAAAAAAAAAAUAUUAUGUUAA